AUGGCGACCAACGAGGAGCUGUUCCGACAGAUGCAGGCCUUGACCGCAGAGGUUCAGAGGCUGAGCGAAGAGAACGCCAGACUGCAGCGAGAGCAGCAAGGUGGACUCCAGGCCAUCCCGGCCCUCGUGGAUGCAGUGACCCGCCUGACGGGUAGACCCGAGCAGUUCCAGAGGCUCGUCGACACGAAAGGGAUCGGCAAGCCAUCAGUGUUCGACGGGUCGGAGUCCAAGUGCCGCGAGUGGGCCGCCAAGUUCGAGUCGUUCGUGGUUGGAGUAUUCGGGGAGCAGUUCAGGGCGGUGCUGGAAUGGAGCGUGGAGCGACACGACUCGAUCGAUCGCGGGCUCUGGCAGGCAGCCUUCGGCCCGCACAGUGACGGCGAGAUCGACCACAUCGACGAGAUGGUGGCUCAGCUGCAUACGGCGAUCCAGCAGCUCGUGACGGGCGAGCCCUUCGACAUCACCCAGAACGUCGACAAAGGCAACGGGCUCGAGUGCUGGAGGCGCCUCGCGAGGAGGUUCGACCCUUCCACCGGCGGGCGGAAGCGGAACUUGUUGAAGCUGGUCCUCUCGCCCGGGCGCUGCAAGCUCGAGGAGCUCGCGGGUGCCCUGGAGAGGUGGGAGGAGGCCGUGAAACGGUAUGAGUCUAGGAGGGACGACGACGGCAACCGAGAGCGGCUCUCGGACAGCGUGCGUAUGUCUGCCUUGGAGAGCCUGCUGCCGGCUGAGCUCGAAGAACACGUUCUUCUCAACCAGAGCCGCCUGAACACAUACGAGCUGCUCAGGAGGGAGAUCGCGUCGUACCUGGAGGCCAGGACAGGUGCUCGACUUCGAGACGCCCCGGUGCUCACCAAGACGCAGCGCGACCCCAACGCCAUGGACAUCGGCGCCCUGGUCCGGACGUACCAGGGCGGGAAGGGCGGCAAGGACAAGGGCGGCAAGGGCAAGACGGGCACUGGCAAAGGGAAGGACGACAAAGCCAAGAAAGGAGGCAAGGGCUCAGGCUCAGGCUCAGGCAAGGGGUCUGACACGUCCCACCUCACAUGCUGGAACUGCGGGCGUUCAGGGCACAAGAGCUCGGACUGCUGGAGACCGUCUGCCUCGGCGGAGGUGAUCGCCAAGGCUAAGGCUAAGGCCAAGGGCAAGCAGAAGCCGAAGGGCGGCGGCAAGCACGACGCGGGCGCGCUGGACGUCGGGAAGUCCGAGGAGGAGGCCCCUGGCAACUGGGAGCCAGAGGACCACAUGUUCUUGGAGCUGUUCUCCGCCGAGCGCGAGGAGAACGAGAAGGAGGUGAACAGGAGGAUCGUGGACGACAAGGGCUGGGUGAAGGUCAACUGCGACAGCGGAUGCGCGAGCUCGGUGAUCCCCCGCGAAUGGACUCCAGCGACUUCGGCCCCUUCGAGUCAGAGGUUCAAGACGGCGAGUGGGGGUCUCAUCGCAGACGAGGGCGGCGGCGUGCUGGAGGGCAUCAACGAGAAUGGUGCUAGGAUGCGCAUCGCCGGGCGCAGGGCUGCGGUUACCAAACCCCUCAUCUCGGCCAGCGAGAUGCUCAACAAGAGGAUCGGCAUCCUGGACGAGAGCUGCGGCAUGGUGAUUGAGAAGGGUUCCACUGCCGGACGGGCGAUCAUGAAGCUGGUCGCCAGGCUCAAGGAGACGGGAGCGCUGGAGAAUAACAUCAGGUUGCAUCAGGAGCGCGGCGUGUACAACGCCUACCUGAAGCUGCCGGAGGAGAAGGCCAAGGAGCUCGAGCAGUUGCCGCUGGACACGAUCGAGUCGGAGCUGGCCCAUCGCGUCGGGGGGCAGCCGGCGGGCACCGCCGUAAGCCCGAGCGCGCCGCCAGCAGCCGGGCAGCUGGCAGGAGGCGCGGAAGCCCCGGUGGAGCAGCAAGGAGGAUCGCUGCCCCAGGAGGAGGAGACUCGAGAGCAGCGCGGCAGGCCGCCGCGGGUUCGGCUGGCCAGGAGCCCCGCCCAGCCGACCGCUCUCGAGAUCGAGGAGCACGAGGCGCAGGGCCACGUCCACUUCAGGUCCUGGUGCCCUUCGUGCUGUGCGUCGCGUGGGACUGGCCAGGCGCAUCGCGGACAUCAACCUGCUGAGGGAGAGGUUCCUACGGUCGUCACCGACUACGGCUACCUCAACGCUAGCGAGUCGGACAGCAGAGGCCGCGACGUCAGCUCUGCGAUCACGGUGUUGGUGAUGCACGACUGCCUGCCGAGCGGGACGGGCUGCUACGGUGCGAGCUCGGUCCCUGCCAAGGGGAAGGAUGACUUCAGCUCGGGCGUGGCGGUCGACUUUUUCAAUCACAUCGGCCACAAGAGGUGCAUCUACCAGUCGGACGGCGAGAACCCGCUGCUGGCGCUCAAGAGGGACGUCUGCAGCAAGGCCGAGGGGAAGGAGCUGCUGCUUCGCGAGAGCCCGGUGGGAGAGCACCAGGCGAAUGGAGCAGCCGAGAACGCGGUGAAGGUCAUCAAGGGCGUCGUCAGGACGGUGCUGGUGUCAGCCCAGGCCAAGUGGAAGCAGCGUCUGCCGUUCGGGCACCCGCUGAUGCUGUGGGCCCCCACUUAUGCAGCCCAGAUGCUGAAUAGGUUCAAGAUCGGCGACGACGGUAAGACGAGUGAGCAGAGGAGGUCUGGCAAGCGCUGGGAGAAGGUGACGGUUCCCUUCGGCGAGCGCAUCCAGGUGAAGAAGCUGGUGAAGGACUCGCUCAAGCGAGACCUGGAACCCCGCUGGGUCACGGGCUACUACGUGGGCCACACCAGCAGGAGCGGCACGGCGCUGGUGCUCACCUCGAAGGGGGUGCAGCGCGGCACGGCGAUCUCACGCCUGCCGCCCGCCGAGCGCUGGGCCUGGAACGAGGAGGAGGUCCUCGGGCUCAAAGGCAAGCCUUGGGACUGGAAGGGCGGCGAGGAGCGCUACGCGGCAGCUCCCGCGGACGUCGCCCCGAGAGCUGGGCGCGUGGAUGCGCCAGUGGUGGUGGCGCUGCCAGCAGCUGCCGAGUCUCGAGACGUGGGCUUCUACGUCACCAGGGCCGACAUCCUGGACGCGGGCAUCGGGCCGACCGAGGGCUGCGUCGCCUGCGAGAACCUGGUGGCCACUGGGCGCGCAGGAGGCGCUGGACCUGCUGCCAUGGAGACGGGCGGACUCGAGGAAGUGCCGCUCGAGUUGCAGUCGCUCGCGUUCUCGGAGUACUGCAACCCAGGAUGCUUCACUGGGCUUGCUGGGGAGUUUGGCAUGCUCCCAGGGCUAGCGGCGGACAUCAGCCUCAAGGACCGGGAGUCUCAGGAGGCGCUGGACAUGAGGAAGAUCGUGAACCAGCAGAGGUACAUGCAGGCGCUCGAGGACCAGGACCCCUACUUGGUCAUCGGGGCGCCGCCCUGCACGCGCGUCUCGAAGCUGACGAACUUGAACCGCGGCAGGUACAAGGACCCGGAGGCGCACGCCAAGGCCGAGGAGGACGAUCGUGCGCUGCUUCGCUUCGGGAUGGAGGUCUACAAGGAUAGGCACGCCAAGGGCAGGUGGUUCUUGCACGAGCACCCUUGGGAUGCCAAGUCGUGGGACGACGAGGCGGUGAAGGAGGUGGUCUCGCUCCCUGGGGUGUACCUCGUGCGAGGGGACAUGCGCGCCUCGCUCCCUGGGGUGUACCUCGUGCGAGGGGACAUCAGCUCAAGGGCGCAGGCCUACACGCCUUCGCUACGCCGCGCGAUCUUGCAGGGGCCCAAGGAGGAGCUCGAGAUCGCGGGCGAGAUCAACUCGUUCGAGGGCGUCGGACCGGUGCCAGACGAGGAGGCGCAGUACUUCAAGCCAGACGCCCCUCCAGGUGCAGCUGAGUCGGACAAGUGGUACUGGGACGACGUCAACGGGGGCUGGCUCGACCCUGCGGGAGUGCGGGCCGCGCGCCAGGAGGAGCUGGCCUGGAUGAAGCAUCGCGAGGUGUUCGAGCCGAGUGACGAGGAGACCUGCAGGCGCCUGACCGCUCGGGCGCCGCUACGGACGCGCUGGGUCGACACCAACAAGGGCGACGAGCAGAGGCCGAAGUACCGCUCCAGACUGGUCGCGAUGGAGAUCAAGGCUGCGAAGAAGGCGUCCGAGCAGAUGAGCGCGAGCGAGCUCUUCAGCAGCACGCCGCCGCUGGAGGCGGUCAAGCUCCUGUGCUCGCUCAUGGUCUCGAUGUGCCGCUCGCCCCGAGGACUCCCCCUCAAGAUCGGCUUCUGGGACGUCAGCAGGGCGCACCUGUACGGAGACGCCCAGAGGAUCUUGUUCGUUCGUCUUCCUGAAGAGGAGGGAGGAGGAGUCGCUCGGCUGCUACGUUCCAUGUGUGGUACUCAGGACGCGGCUUCAGUGUGGCAGAGCGACUGGAGUCGACAGCUCUUGGAAGAUUCGUGGCGCAUGGGCGUGGCAAGCCCAGCUGUGUUCUAUCGUCCCAGUGAUGAAGGUCGCGGGCUGGCUCAUGGCGACGACUUCAUGGUGCUCGGAGACGAGAUCACGCUGAAGGAGAUCGAGACGAAGCUGACCGAGCGCUACGACAUCAAGUGCACCGGGAUCUUGGGUCCCGACAGUGGGGACGCGAAGGAGGUCGUGUUCCUCAACAGGGUGUUGCGGUACGUUGAUGGCUCCACCCCGGCGGUGGAGAUCGAGUCGGACCAGAGGCACGUUGAGCUGCUGAUCAAGGAGCUGGGCCUCGAGAACGAGUCGAAGGGCCUGGACGUGCCGUCGGUCAAGAAGACGGAGGCGGACAUCGACUACGAGGCGAAGCUCAGCACGCUGCCCCCGGACGAGGUCCGUCGGUAUCGAAGCGUGGUGAUGCGUGCCGCCUAUCUCACCUUGGACAGGCCGGACAUCGUCGACGCGGUCAAGCAGUGUUCGAGGCGCAUGCAGGCGCCGACGUCAGCAGACAUGAUGAUGGCCAAGAGGCUAGGGAGGUACCUCGUCAAGCAUCCGUGUCUAGUCGCAAGGUUCAACAAGCAGAAGAUGCCGGACAGGAUCACGGCCACCUGCGACUCGGACUACGCGGGGUGCCUCAUCACCAGGAAGUCCACCAGCGGGACGGUCUUGGCGCUCGGGGAGCACACUCUGUCGGCCACGGGAUCGCUGCAGAGCACGGUGCCCCUUUCGAGCGGUGAGGCUGAGUACUACGGCAUCCUCCGCGCGGCCGCUGCCGCGCUCAAGGUUGCUGCCAUCGCCGUGGACCUCGGGCUCGAGAAGAGCGUCGAGGUCGUCUGCAAGCACGGAGAGUUCCCGAUAGAGGUCUGCGGGGACUCGACUGCGGCGAUCGCUUUCGCAUCGCGCCAGGGCCUGGGCCGUCAGAAGCAUGUGAUGACGAGAUACCUGUGGCUUCAGAGCGCGGUCAAGACCAGGAGGAUCAUACUCAAGAAGGUCGACACACGGGAGAACGUAGCUGACUCGUUGACCAAACCGUUGUCGGCGAAGGUGGCCCAGAAGCAUCUCAAGAGGAUGGGUUACCACUUCAGGGGCACGGAGGGCCGUCCAGCGCAGGUCACCGGCCGCGCCACGAAGGACCUGGAGGCUGCCCGCGAAGAGCUCAACCGGCUCGCGCGCUUGCGCCGGAGCAAGCGCCUCAGCGACGCCGUCGCCAGCAACGACGAGGACCAGCUGCGAGACGCGAUCAGCAUCGCGCAGAGCCGGGAGCUGCCGCCCGACGAGAUCCAGAGGGCCAGCGAGGCGCUGGGCUCCCUCAUCCGCGCCCGCGAGCUCAAGCUCCUGAGGGCGGCCAUGAGCAGCGAGGACGAGGCCCAGCUGCGGGAGAGCAUCAGCACGGCCAGCAACCUGGUGUCCAGCGAGGAUAUCGACAUCGCUCGCGAGGCGCUGAACAAGCUGAUCCAGGUGAGGAUCGUUCGCAACCUGAAGGCCGCGAUAGAGAGCGACGACGAGGCACAGCUCCGUGAGGCGAUCGUGGAAGCGCGCAAGGUCGAGGUGACCGGCUCUGAGAUCAAGGCCGCCAACGAGAGGCUCAAGGAUCUCGUCCUUGCCAGGGAGCUGAAGCAGUUGCGCGACGUCGUCGCCACCGGCGACGAGACAGAGUUGCGCGAAGCAAUUCGAGAGGCGCGUAAGGCCAGCAUGCCCAGCGACGAGUUGGACAAGGCCCAGGACGCGCUGGACAUGAUGGUCCUGAACAGGAAGCUCGUGCAGCUCGGCGACGCGCUGGCGAACGGCGACGAGACCCAGGUCAGGGCCUGGAUCAGCGAGGCGCGGAAGGCGAAGCUUCCCAGCGAGGAGAUCGAGAAGGCGAAUGCCGAGCUCACCAAGCUGAUCUUGGCCCGAAGGAUGAACCAGCUACGCAACGCGAUCACGAGCGGCGACGAGGCGCAGCUGCGGGAGGCGCUCAGCGAGGCGAGGGAGUCCGGCCCCGAGCCCGACUCGGAGGAGAGCCGCAGCGUCUGCGCAGACAUGAUGGCGUCACGCAGUUCAGUGCUCUUCUUCAUCUUCGCCCGCGGCGAGGCUGUGCUGCUGGUUGGCACGUGUGCACUGGCCAAGACGUUUGGGACAUGA